AUGUUAAAAUCUUCAUAUCUAAUUCGUCAUUCAUUAUUUCAAUUGAAACGUUUUAUUCAUUUAACAAUACCAUCAUUAACAGCUGGACAAACACAAUAUCAUGGUCAAAAAAAUUCAACUUGGUGGGAAAAAUAUGAAACACAUGUUGAUCCUGUUCAAACACGUACAGAUUUACUUAAUAUGGAUGAUUUAGAUGAACGACAUUAUCGUCCUAUUAAACCUGUUAUAUCAACAUAUCAAUCAUUUUCUUGUUUUCAUGAUCCAAUUAUAUCACGUGUUAUUGGUAUUUUAUUACGUGAAGGAGAUCGUGAAUUAGUUGAAGAAUUAAUGCAUAAAACAUUUCGUACAAUAAAAUUAAUACAAAUAGGAAAAUAUAAUCGAGCUAAAACACAAGAAGAACGUGAUUCAAUUGAAUGUAAUCCAGUUACUUUACUUAAGCAAGCAAUUAAAAAUGCAACACCUAUUGUUCGUCUUACACGAAUAGCUAAAGGUGGUACACUAUAUUCUGUACCAAUACCCAUGUCACCAACACGUGGUACUUAUACUGCUAUUCGAUUAUUAAUUGAUAGUACACAUGAUGCACGACCACAUGAUCAAAGAUUUUGGACGCUAUUUGCAAAAGAAAUCAUGGAUGCAGCACAAAAUCAAGGACGAACAGUAAAAAAAAAACAAGAAAUACAUCGAAAUGCGGAACUAAACCGUGCAUAUGCGCAUUUUAAAUGGCAAAAAUAA